AUAUAAAAUAACGGGUCUUUGGCUUUGGGCUAUCCGAAUAUAUGGCCCAUUUAUAAAUUUGAAGUAGAGGGUAAAUUUGCCGUUAAAAGUUGAGAAAGCGGAGGUGAAGAAAAACGCAGGGUCAAAAUGGAAGCUCUGAUAGCCUCGUACGGUGACACAUCGUCCGAUUCUGAUUCAGAACUCAGUAGCUCAACGACAAUUACAAGCACCGGUGCCACAAAUUCAAAUGUUCAGCCGGAGACGACUAGUUUGCCUUUGCCGCCUCCGCCUCUCUCUCUCCUCACUCCUCCCAAUUCAUUGGGUACGGUCGAUUAUCUCACUAGUAGUCAGCCUCAGCCGAGCAGACUCCGGAGCUUUCCCCAUGUUGAAGGCAACUAUGCCUUACACGUCUAUAUCCCAGUUACUGUACCAUCUGCAUCAAAGAAGGAGCUGGCCCAGCUUUUGAAGAAGGUUUCAUCUAUUGUACCAGGUCUUCAUGCUGUUGACAUUGACAUUCCAUUAAGUAGCCUGUGUGAAGAUGAUUCUAAGUUUCAGCUAGUUACAUUGGGAAGGCAAUUUCACAUAAGUUUAGGAAGAACUGUCCCAAUACGUGUUCACCAAAUUGACUCCAUUGUAGCAAUGCUUCGCCAGAAGCUUCAGUGUCAGCGGCGGUUUUGGAUUGAUUUUAGUCAGUGGGAGGUUUUCAUAAAUGAUGAUUGCACACGAUCAUUUCUCUCAAUAGAAGUUCUUACAGGAGGAUUACUUGAGAUCACUAAGCAGAUUCAAGUGGUUAACGAGGUUUACAGGCUUCAUAAUCUUCCCGAGUUUUACAAGAGCCCACGCCCUCAUAUAUCCUUAGCUUGGGCAUUGGGAGAUAUUAGCAAUUCUUUAAAGAGAGUGAUCGAAGAAGAGACAAAGAAAUUAAGGGUCGAGGGUUCAUUACAGAAACGUAUCUUUUCAAGUAAAUUCAGUGCUCUUUCUUUGUGUUCUCUUGCAGUCAUAGACAAACAGAUAAAUUGCAAGUAGAUAAAUAAAGGGAACUAAAACCAUCUGUGACUGUGAGCCCUUGUCUUAAAAUCAUCAGGCUCCAUCCCUGCUCCUGGCUCCUGGGAUUAUGUUUUACAACUGUUUUCAGUGAGCUUCAGAUUAAAGGGCCCCUCCACGUUUCUCAAAAUAAAUGAGUGGGUGGGUGGGCCCUCAUCUACUUUUUGAAUUCUACGUUUUACAUCUUUUCGUGACAGCCGUGUUACCGUGUACCAGUGUCCAGUGCCCAGUGGACACUUUUGUUUGUUUCCUUGACCCGCAAAUUAUAUUACUAGUGGGAUCUGCCGCAUUAACUGGAAUUGGAUCAA